UCCCCGCCCUGCUCCGCGGGGCCCGGCGGCGGCGGCGAGCCCGAGCGGUGGGGGUUGGUCCCGCGGCCGCGGCCCCCGGUGCAGAAUGGCGGCGGCGGUUCGGAUGAACAUCCAGAUGCUGCUGGAGGCGGCCGACUACCUGGAGCGGCGGGAGAGAGAAGCUGAACAUGGUUAUGCCUCCAUGUUACCCUACAGUAACAAGGACAGAGAUGCCUUAAAACGGAGGAACAAAUCCAAGAAGAAUAACAGCAGUAGCAGAUCAACUCACAAUGAAAUGGAGAAGAAUAGGCGGGCCCAUCUUCGCUUGUGCCUGGAGAAGCUGAAAGGGCUCGUGCCGCUUGGGCCCGAAUCGAACCGACACACUACACUGAGUUUAUUGACAAAAGCCAAAUUGCACAUAAAGAAACUGGAGGAUUGUGACCGAAGAGCCAUUCACCAAAUAGACCAGCUCCAGCGGGAGCAGCGGCACCUGAAGCGGCAGCUGGAGAAGCUGGGCAUCGAGAGGAUACGGAUGGACAGCAUCGGCUCCACCGUGUCGUCGGAGCGCUCGGACUCGGACAGGGAGGAGGUGGACGUGGACGUGGACGUGGAUGUGGACGUGGACGGGGACGCGGAGGGCGCGGACUACCUGGCGGGCGAGCUGGACUGGAGCAGCAGCGGCGUGAGCGACUCGGACGAGCGGGGCAGCCUGCGGAGCGCGGGCAGCGACGAGGGCUACGCCAGCUCCAGCAGGAGGCGGCCGGCAGCCCCGCACGCGCGCGGGGGCCUCUGAGGGC